GAGAUGGAUUCACUUUCUUUAUAAUAAAAUAAUUUUAAAUUCCUGAAUUAAAAACGUAUAGCUGCAGGUAAAGUCAAAGUUAACUCUUUGUUUUCCGCUAAUCAUCUCGGCUUGUUGUACGUAGCCACGAACGAGCCAAAGGAACUAAGCUAACGUUAACUGCUAUUACUGUAGUGUACGCGUCACUGCAAACUGUCAACCUCCUACUACUGUAGUUUGUUUGAAAUUAGCUGCAGUAAGUAACCAUACCAAGAUUGGCCUUGGUUUACAGUGAAAAUGUCAAGCAAAGAAGUAAAACUGGCUCUUAAAAAUGCCAGAGAUGCCAUAAAGAACAAGGAAUUUAAAGAAGCAUUGAAACACUGCAAGGCUGUCUUGAAGCUUGAGAAGAACAACUACAAUGCCUGGGUGUUCAUUGGAGUGGCAGCGAGCGAGCUGGAUCAGCCUGAACAGGCCCAGACAGCAUACAGGAAGGCUCUGGAGCUGGAGCCGGAGCAGCUGCUAGCCUGGCAGGGAUUAGCGAACCUCUAUGAGAAAAGCGACCUGACAGAUUACAAAGCAGAGCUUCCCAAUGUCUACCAGAAACUCAUUGAGCUGUACGAAAGUUCAGACAAAACUAAAUGCUAUGAGGUGAUCAGGAAAUUGUCUGACAUAUACCACACAAAGAAGGACUAUUUACAGGUGGCCAGGGUGUGGCGAAGACUGAUUCAGCUGAAGGAGGGUGCAGGUGCCGACAAGGCUGAGCUGUUGCAGAUAUGGCAGCAGAUGACCAGUCUCCUCUCAGCCAGUGUGGAGGAACAGGACAAUGAGACUCAGCAGCACGUAAUCCUGGCCUUUGAAAAGGCCAUGGUCCUCACGGACAAUGUGCCUGGCGAGGACCAUCGGAAGCUCUCAGCUGAUUACGUGAAAUGCCUUUCAAAACUUCCGCAUGAAGAGGGCAAAAUGAAAGAGGCCUGUGAGUCCAUGCUGGCCCUCUAUCCCUCAGAAACAUACCCUUUGGAGGUCCUUUGUGCCCAGCAUCUCAAGUCAGGGGUCUGCAGUAUGUAUGCUGGCCAUUGUUUCUCCCGCCUCAUGGAGUUGGACCCAGACAGUGGCUUAUGCCAGCUUGGCUUGGGCAUCAGAGCGCUGGAGGAGGGCAAGUGUGAAGAUGCCGUCAAGCACCUGGCCCGAGGUCUGAAGCAAAUGCGCUCCAGUUUGGUGGGUUGGUGCAGCCUUGCUCAGGCCCAGCUGAAAAUGCACAGAUAUUCCGACUGCGUAACGUCCUGUUCCCAAGGGCUGAAACUAAGUGGGUCUGGGGAUGACGAGCUUGGGGUCAGGCUCCAGAGACUACGACUAGAGGCCCUGGUAAGGACUGGGGAUGAAAACACAGCAGACACAGCCCUGGAGACCCUUGACCAGCUUCCAGAUGCUAAAAAUGACCCCUUCAUGUUAUCUCUGAAAGGAAGAGCGUAUUUGCAAAAAGGACAAGUUGACUUGGCAUUCCAGGUGUCCACUGAGCUACUGGCCUCUCGUCCUGACCCGGCUGAGGGACUGGCACUCAAGGGACUGGUGCAAAUAGCGCAGGGCCAACCCCAGCUGGCAGAGCAGAGCCUCCUCCAGGCUGCGGCCCAGAGUCCAGCCUGUGGAGAGUACCACUUCCUGCUGGGGCGGCUCUACUGGGGCCUGGGGGAGGAGUGUCGCAGGGACAGGAGCAAGGCCCACAACCAUCUGCUGAAGGCUGCCAAACUGGAUCCAUACCUGGGCGCUGUGUUCCGAUACCUGGGCCACUACUACCGGGAGGUGGCCCGGGACAGGGGCCGGGCCAGGGGCUGCUACAGGAGGGCCUUUGAGCUGGAUGGCAGUGACGCGGAGUCCGGUUCUGCCUCCGUGGACCUGAGCAUGGAGCAGGGUGACAUGGACACUGCCCUGGCUGUUCUCCAGUCGGUCGUAGAGAGAGCCACACCCGGUUCCGCCAAAUGGGCCUGGAUGAGACGAGGCCUCUACCACCUGAAGGUUGGCCAGAACCCCCAGGCCUGCGCAGAUCUGCAGGCUGCUCUAAGAGCCGACCCCCAGGACUGGGUGUGCUGGGAGUGUCUGGGGGAGGCCUACCUGAACCGCCGCAGUUUCACCGCGGCCCUGAAAGCCUUCGCCAAGGCCCAGCUGCUCAACCCGUCCUCCAUCUACAGCCUCUACCAGAUGGCCGCCAUCAAACAGACCUUGGGCAAGUUCAAAGAGGCCGCCGCAGAGUACCUGCAGGUCACGGCCAGGGAGGACUACGUGCCAGCACUCAAAGGUCUCGGUGAAUGUCUCCUGUCCUUAGCCAAAGGCUUAAUGGAGGACUGCAGAGAUGGUGGAGCCAUAGAUCUCAUCCAGAGGGCCAUUAACCACCUCUUUAGGGCCGUAGAGCUCCGCCCUGACCUCUCCUGCCUGUGGAAGUUACUGGGAGACGCCUGCACCACCGUCAGCACCGUGGCACCCAGUAGGGCCCGGGUUGUAGUGCCAGGCCCCCUGACUGGGUUGGAACCCCCAGACCAGGAACACCUCCUAAACCAGGGACAAGUCCUCAGGGUGGGGGAGAGGUGCUAUGGGCGUGCCAUUAAGCUGAUGCCUCAGAGCUCCAAUCUCUGGUACGACCUGGGGCUCAACUUCUACCACCAGGCCCGCCUGGCACCGUGUGUCCAGGGGGAGGAGCACAGCAGCCCCUUGUUUCUGGAGAAGGCCCUGCAGUGUGUGAAGAAGGCUAUCAUGCUGAACAGUUCCAACCAUAGCUACUGGAACACCUUAGGGGUAGUCGCCAUGAGCAGAGAGAACUACGCCCUGGCCCAACACAGCUUUAUUAAAUCAGUGCAAGUGGAACCCAAUAAUGUUGUUGCAUGGACAAACCUGGGUGCUUUGUAUCUGAAGAAGGAAAAUGUUGAGCUCUCCCAUGAAGCCUUUAAGAUUGCCCAGUCGUUGGAACCCCUGUAUGUCAACUGCUGGAUUGGACAGGCCCUCAUCGCGGAGACAGUGGGGAGCUAUGACACCAUGGACCUGUUCAGACACACCACAGAACUCAGUACACACAUGGAAGGGGUGAAGGGUUAUGCUCACUGGGUUUGUGCCACUCUGCUGGAUAAGAGUAACCGGGACUCUGAGCUCUAUCGCUACAACAUUGUCCAGAUGAACGCAGUGUCUGCCGCUCAGGUCUCUUUGAGCAAGUACACAGAGCGCAUUCAGACAGAUCCUGUUGCAUUUAUCAUGCUGGGCUUCCUCAACGAGCACCUGCAGCUGAAGAAGCAGGCCGUGCUGGCUUACCAAAGGGCUGUGGAGCUGCUUCGGGUUCUGUCUUCUGUGGACUUACUGGCCUUCUCUCUAGGAUGCUAUGGCCGUGCGCUCUGCAACACAGGCCAGUGGGAGGAGGCGGUGCGUGUUUACUCCUCCACGCCACUAGAGGAGCUCCACGACCUGGUCGGCCUGGCACUGGCCUACUACAGGGCAGGGGGCAUUGCGGAGAGCAUCAGCGCCUAUGAGAAGGCCCUGACGGUAGCCCCCAGUGAAAAGGAGAAGGCCUACGUCCUGACUGGUCUGGCUCUCCUGCAGCACAGGCUGGGUAACAUGGACCCGGCUAAAACCCUGCUCUUCAAAUGCUCCAUGCUGAAGGAGCCAGUGGCAGAGUCCCUGUUGUGCCUAUGUGCUCUGGGCCUGGUCCGGGGGGACAGCACGCUGGCCAGCGCCGCCCUCAGUGAGCUGUUGAAGCAGGGCGGGGCCACGGCAGAGCAACGCUGCCUGCUCACCUGCGCCCUGCUGGCCGUCCAGGGGAACUACAGCGGUGUUCAGAGAGAGGCCUCCCGGGCUGUCCACAGUAACCCUGGCAACCCCUCCAUGUGGGCCCUGCUUUCCAGGCUGGUGCCUCAGUACUCCCCCAGGAAGGCCAAUGGAGGUGCGGUCGCAGGCCACGUUGCUUGUCUGUCAAGCAUGACCCAAGGAAAGAGGGCAGUGCUGUAUAGUGGAGUGAAUCAGCUGGCCUGUGGCCGUCACUCUGGGGAUGACCGCAGCCAAAACGCCCUGAAGACCAUCCAGAGGGCUGUGCUCCUCUGCCCUGAUGAUGCUGCGGCGUGGGCGGGGCUUAUGGCUGCCUGUCACACAGAGAACACCGCCUGCUCCCUGUCUGGCUCCACCCCCAGCAGACGGGGCUUAGAGCAGGGGCUCAUGGCUGUGGUGUCAGAGAAAGUGCGGUGUAUGGAGGUGGUAGAACGGCUCCUGGCCCAGGCUCUGGAGGGUUGGGUGCUGCAGCAGGCUGUGACAGGACUGACAAAGGCAGGUCAGCUACAGGAGGCUGAGGCCCUGUGCUCUCAGGUCCUGAGUUUAUCUCCCGAGCACCCUGCUCUGUUGCUCCUGCUGAGGCAGGUGCAGUGUGAGCGCCUCCUGCUGUCCAGCGCCGGUACUGCACUGCCAGCCUCAGUCUUGGAGCAGCUGAGCAGUGCCGUCCUGGCCAAUCACACCUCGCUGGCCGCCUGGCAUUGGCUGGCCGAGGUGUACCGUACCCAGGGUCUGCUGGUGCAGGCGGUGAUGGCCUACCGACAGAGCCUGCAGCUGGCCUCUCAGCUUGGCCUCCACGGUGGGCAGAUGGCCAGCCUGCUGCGCUUGGCUCUCCUGGCCCUCAGUGCCUGCAUGGCAAAGAUCCCUGGUGAUGAAUGGAAGGAGCUGGUCCUUGAGGCAACCACUGAGGCUCUGAAGCUUGGCCCCUCCCCCGUUGCUCUGCUCAUUCAGGCCCUGCUUCACUUCUCCACUAAGAUGGCCGCCAGGGAGACGAGGCGUCUGCUGGAAAGGCUGGUAUACGCCCCAUCCCAGGCGUACCCGGAGACUGUGGCGUGUGUGGCCCGCUGGUACCUCCUACGCCACCUGCACGCCAAAGACGACCUGGAGCUGAUGGAUACCCUGGUGGAUCAAGCCAAAGCCAGUGCAGAUGGCAGACUGUUGGAGUUUCACGCACUGCUGACCUCUGGCUGACCUCUCAUCCACCAGCAGCCAACCAGCCCUUCAGCAGACAAUGCAUGACCUGAUGUCAUCAACAUAUCAACUACAUCUCCAUCCAUGCCUGACUCCUGUCUCCUCCAAACACAAUAAUGUUAAAAUGUUUACAGUAUUGCUGGGAUUUGUAUGCAGUAGAUUAAUUUAGGUAGGUAGUCCUUACUAGUGGAUAAUCCAAUUCCAGCUGACAGAGGAUGUUCUAAGGACAAACCGGGGACCUCCUAAUCCUGUACAUACAGUUACUUUGUAGUAACAUGUUUUUGCAGGGAUGAAAUUGUGGAUUUGGGAAUGACUGUCAUCCGAAGCCUGGUCUUGCCAUAUUGUCAAAUGUUGUAAUAAGUUGGCAAAUCCUCCAAGGUUCUUUUCGCAGGUUAUUUCAUUUCCUCAGCGGCACUGCAAACCCAUUCAGGCCAAAACAUCUGAAUACCUUUUGAAAGACCCAGGUGGAUACUCCAAGUGUCUAAACCGCAGUGAUUCUCAACCCUGCUCCUGGACGCCCCCCUGCCCUGCAUGUUUUAGAUCUCUCCCAUCCCUAACACACCUGAUGUAGCUCAUGAAGGACUUG